GGCAGCUUUAACUGCGGACCACCGACGAACGGGCCGAUAUAACUUCAGUCUUCGCUACUGAAACUUGUGGAAGAUGCGUCCGACCUUGGGAACAUGGCUGGCCAUUGCAGCCUUCUGUACGCUGAUAUGCAUCUGCACAAUGGCAGACGCAUACCCAUCCAAACCAGACAACCCUGGAGAUGAUGCUCCCGCUGAGGACCUUGCCAAAUAUUACUCUGCCCUAAGACACUAUAUCAACCUCAUCACACGACAGAGGUAUGGGAAGAGAUCAGGGCCCGACACUCUGAUCUCAGACCUGCUGCUGAGCACCGAGAGCAUCCCACGGUCAAGAUAUGAGCAGCCACCUGUGUGGUGAUGUCAGUAAAUUUGUCUGCAUUGCACCUCCCCAACAUGAAUGUUUCAGCAUCACUCCAACGCUAUCGGAUCUCCAGCUCACCAGCUGCAUGCAAUCACCACUCCGACAUCCACAAGGAAACUACU